AUGUCUUCUGAAGAGGUUACAGUGGAGGCGCCCGCUGCAGCCGAGCCGGAGGAGCAGCAGCCCGCGGAUGGCGAGGAGAGCAAGCCCAAGCUGGCCCCUGGGGAGCGGGUGAAACGUCCCGUGCGCCCUGAUGACACCGAGAUCAAGGCGGCGGUGGAUGUCCUCCAGCAGUCCAUCAUCAAGAACAAGCGGCGCAUCGAGGAGAUCAAGGAGAUAAUCGAUGGGAAGCGUUCGGGCAAGGGGAAGGGCUCCAGCGAGCAGCAGACCGUGAAGAACAAGCUGGCCGAGUUGCGGGGCCAAUUUCAGACGCUGGUGGCUCAGAAGACGCAGCUUCGGUCGCAGCUGGAUUCGGCUUCCAAGGCGCGUGAAAGCGCCCGCGCUUCGAUGAAGGAGCUGCGCGGCAGCAUGAAGUUCACCAAAGUGGAGGACAUUGACACGCACAUCGCUGAGCUGGAGUACCGCAUCCAGCACGACAGCCUGAGCCUGAAUGAGGAGAAGAAAGUGUUGGAACAGAUCAAGGCGCUGAAGAAGAGCCGCAGCACCAUUGGCGAGCUGACCAGCAAGGUGACACAGCUGGAAGCGGACAGCAGCGCGGUGGAUGGGCUGCGGGAUGGCAUCAAGGGCAUCGACGAUGCCAUCGACAAGAUCAAGGCGCAGGAGGAUGUCCUGCGGCAGCAGCUGGCCGACAUGCGGGCCAAGGAGGCGGAGCAGGGCUCCGACAUCCCGGGGCUCAUCCAGGAGCGGGACGAGUGCAGGGAGAUCUGCAAGGCUGCGUACCAGAAGAUCCAGGACCUGCGCGGCGAGCUGGACGGCCAGUGGGCGGCGUACAAGGAGCAGAACGCGCUGUUCCGGGUGCAGCUGCAGGAGGACCGCAAGAAGCGGCAGGAGGAUUACCUGAAGCAGAAGGCGGAGCGCGAUGCGGAGCGCGCGGCGCGGCUGGCCGACCAGGCCCCUGAGCCGUUUGACAAGGAGGUCACGCUGUGCGACCAGCUGACCAGCUACCUGCGCAAGUUUGUGGUGGCGGAGGAGGCGGCUGCAGAGGUGGAGCAGAAGGACCUGUCGGGCGCUUUGGAGGGGUUCAAGCCGUUUGCGAAAAAGCCGAUUGAGGAAGAUGAUGCCUGGCUGCUGGGCGGCAAGAAGGGCGGCAAGGGCAAGGGCAAGAACAAAAAGGAGGAGAAGAAGGCCGCGGGCCCCGAGAAGCUGAGCCACAGCCUGGACAUCCUGGAGGCGUUUGCUACGCUGAAGCUGGAGGUGCCCAUCACCAGCGACAAGGUGGCUCCCCUGCUGGGCGAGGUGGCGGCCAAGAAGGACCACUACCUGCAACGGCGACAGGAGGCAAAGGAGCGCCCCACACCCGCGCAGCCUGCCGCACCCGUCGAGGACGCGCAGGAUGUUGCACCAGAGGCGCCCGCUGAGGGCGCGCCUGCGCCAAAGCCCAAGAAGGGCAGCAAGGCUGAGCCACCCAAGCUGGAUGAUGCAGCCAGCUGGCCCAGCAUUGGCGGCGCGCCCGUGCCGGCUGCUGCCGCUGCCAGCGAGGCAGAGUCGGAGCCAGAGGAGGAGGAGCCAGUAGCCGAGGAGGCCCCUGUGGAGGAGGGCGAGGUCACGCAGGAGCGCUCGGCAGCCUCCGCCGCUGUGGCCGCCGCCGCCGUGGCCGCUGCCGUGGCUGCGGCGGAGGACGAGGGCGAGGCCCCCACCCCCGCUGCCAACGGCGGCCUGGUGUCGGUCAAGCUGUCUGUGGCAGCAGACGGCAGCGUGUUACUCACUCUGGCUGCCUGA